AAAGCAGCAGCCCCAGACUCCGCUGAGAACUGAUAGGCAUCCCUCACAGUAUCUUCAUAGAUCACCAUAUCUGGUUAACUCAGUCGGGUCGGAGGACUAACAACGUGCCAAAAUGAGCACAGAUGCUGAAAUGGAGCAGUAUGGCCCUGCGGCCAUAUACCUCCGCAAGCCAGAAAGAGAGAGGAUUGAGGCUCAGAAUACUCCCUUUGAUGCAAAAACAGCUUUCUUUGUGGUUGAUACUGAUGAAAUGUAUUUGAAGUGUAAGCUUGUAAAGAAGGAGGGUGGCAAAGCCACAGUUGAGACAGAGGGAGGAAAGACUGUAACAGUCAAAGAGGAUGACAUUCAUCCCAGGAACCCCCCAAAGUUUGACAAAAUUGAGGACAUGGCCAUGAUGACCCACCUCAAUGAGCCCUGUGUGCUGUAUAACCUCAAAGAUCGUUUUGCAUCUUGGAUGAUCUAUACAUACUCUGGGUUGUUCUGCGUGGUGGUGAAUCCCUACAAGUGGCUCCCUGUGUAUGAUGCUGUUGUUGUAUCAGGAUACAGAGGCAAGAAGAGGAUUGAGGCUCCACCUCACAUCUUCUCUGUCUCUGACAAUGCCUAUCAGUUCAUGCUCACAGAUCGUGAGAACCAGUCCAUCCUUAUCACUGGAGAAUCCGGUGCUGGAAAGACUGUGAACACCAAGCGUGUCAUCCAGUACUUUGCAACAAUUGCAGUGACUGGAGGAAAGAAGGCAGAAGCAACGGCUGGAAAAAUACAGGGUUCACUGGAGGAUCAAAUCAUUGCAGCAAACCCUCUGCUAGAAGCCUAUGGUAAUGCCAAAACUGUUAGGAAUGACAACUCCUCUCGUUUUGGUAAAUUCAUCAGAAUCCAUUUUGGGACCAGUGGCAAAUUGGCCUCUGCAGAUAUUGAAACAUAUCUGCUUGAGAAGUCCCGUGUCACCUUCCAGCUGUCUGCUGAGAGGAGCUACCAUAUCUUCUAUCAGCUGAUGACAGGCCACAAGCCUGAGCUGCUAGAGGCUUUACUGAUCACCACAAAUCCCUAUGACUAUCAUAUGAUCAGUCAAGGUGAGGUUACAGUCAAAAGCAUAAAUGACGUGGAGGAGUUCAUUGCAACAGAUACUGCAAUUGACAUCUUGGGCUUUACUGCUGAUGAGAAGUUUAACAUCUACAAGCUCACUGGAGCUGUGAUGCAUCACGGCAACAUGAAGUUCAAGCAGAAGCAGAGAGAGGAGCAGGCUGAACCUGAUGGCACUGAGGUGGCUGAUAAAAUCGCCUACCUCUUGGGUCUGAACUCAGCUGAUAUGCUGAAGGCUUUGUGCUACCCAAGAGUCAAGGUCGGAAAUGAGAUGGUCACCAAAGGUCAGACCGUCCCACAGGUCAACAAUGCUGUCAGCGCUCUGUGCAAGUCUGUCUAUGAGAAAAUGUUCUUGUGGAUGGUCAUCCGUAUCAAUGAGAUGCUGGACACAAAGCAGCCAAGAACCUUCUUCAUUGGAGUCUUGGACAUUGCUGGAUUUGAGAUCUUUGAUUACAACAGCUUGGAACAGCUCUGCAUCAACUUCACCAAUGAGAAACUGCAGCAGUUCUUCAACCACCACAUGUUUGUCCUGGAGCAAGAGGAGUACAAGAAGGAAGGCAUUGAGUGGGAGUUCAUUGACUUUGGCAUGGACUUGGCUGCCUGCAUUGAGCUUAUUGAGAAGCCAAUGGGCAUCUUCUCCAUCCUUGAGGAGGAAUGCAUGUUCCCCAAAGCCUCUGAUACAACUUUCAAGAACAAGCUGAUUGAUCAGCAUCUUGGCAAGAGCAAAGCCUUUGAAAAGCCAAAGCCUGGAAAGGGCAAAGCUGAGGCUCACUUCUCCCUGGUUCACUAUGCUGGUACAGUGGACUACAACAUCACUGGCUGGCUGGACAAGAACAAGGACCCACUGAACGAUUCAGUGGUUCAGCUCUACCAGAAGUCUGCAAACAAGCUGCUUUGUCUUCUCUAUGCAGCCCAUGCUUCAGCUGAGGCUGAGGCUGCUGCUGCUGGUGGAAAGAAGGGUGGCAAGAAGAAGGGCGGUUCCUUCCAGACUGUUUCUGCUCUUUUCAGGGAGAAUUUGGGCAAGUUGAUGACCAACUUGAGGAGCACUCAUCCUCACUUUGUGCGUUGCCUGAUUCCCAACGAAACAAAGACCCCAGGUCUUAUGGAGAACUUCUUGGUCAUCCACCAGCUGAGGUGUAACGGUGUGCUGGAGGGUAUCAGAAUCUGCAGAAAGGGCUUCCCCAGCAGAAUCCUCUAUGGUGACUUCAAGCAGAGAUACAAAGUAUUGAAUGCCAGCGUCAUCCCUGAGGGACAGUUUAUUGACAACAAGAAAGCCUCAGAGAAGCUUCUGGGCUCAAUUGAUGUGGACCACACCCAGUACAAGUUUGGACACACUAAGGUGUUCUUCAAAGCUGGGCUUCUGGGUACUCUUGAGGAGAUGAGAGAUGAGAAACUGGCUGAGCUGGUUACCAUGACUCAGGCACUCUGCAGAGGAUAUCUCAUGAGAAAGGAGUUUGUUAAGAUGAUGGAGAGGAGAGAGGCUAUCUACUCCAUCCAGUACAACAUCCGAUCAUUCAUGAAUGUGAAGAACUGGCCAUGGAUGAACCUGUACUUCAAGAUCAAGCCUCUGCUGAAGAGCGCUGAGACUGAGAAGGAGUUGAUGCAGAUGAAGGAAAAUUAUGACAAGAUGAAAACAGACCUGGCUACUGCUUUGGCCAAGAAGAAGGAACUAGAGGAGAAAAUGGUGUCCUUGCUCCAGGAGAAGAAUGACUUGCAGCUCCAAGUUGCUGCAGAGGUUGAGAGCCUUGGAGAUGCUGAGGAAAGGUGUGAAGGGCUGAUUAAGAGCAAGAUCCAGCUUGAGGCCAAACUCAAAGAGACAACUGAGAGACUGGAGGAUGAAGAGGAAAUCAAUGCUGAGCUGACUGCCAAGAAGAGGAAGCUGGAGGAUGAAUGCUCUGAGCUGAAGAAGGACAUUGAUGACCUAGAGCUCACCUUGGCUAAAGUGGAGAAGGAGAAACAUGCCACUGAAAACAAGGUGAAAAACCUGACAGAAGAGAUGGCUACUCAGGAUGAGGCCAUUGCCAAGCUGACCAAGGAGAAGAAAGCCCUCCAAGAGGCCCAUCAGCAAACACUGGAUGACCUCCAGGCAGAGGAAGACAAAGUCAACACUCUGACCAAGGCAAAGACAAAGCUGGAACAGCAAGCCCGCAUUGAGGAGCUGGAAGAGGAGAUUGAGGCUGAGAGAGCUGCUAGGGCUAAAGUAGAGAAGCAGAGAGCUGACCUCUCCAGGGAGCUUGAGGAGAUCAGUGAGAGGCUUGAGGAGGCUGGUGGAGCCACAGCUGCUCAGAUUGAGAUGAACAAGAAGCGUGAGGCUGAAUUCCAGAAGCUGCGCCGUGAUCUUGAGGAAGCCACCCUGCAGCAUGAAUCCACCGCAGCAGCUCUUCGCAAGAAGCAGGCCGACAGCGUUGCUGAGCUUGGAGAGCAGAUCGACAAUCUGCAGCGUGUCAAGCAGAAGCUGGAGAAGGAGAAGAGCGAGUACAAGAUGGAGAUUGAUGAUCUGUCCAGCAACAUGGAGGCUGUUGCCAAAGCAAAGGGAAAUCUGGAGAAAAUGUGCAGGACUCUUGAGGACCAACUGAGUGAAAUCAAAGCUAAGAAUGAUGAGAAUGUCCGCCAGCUGAAUGACAUUAAUGCACAUAAAGCAAGACUCCAGACAGAAAAUGGUGAAUUUAGUCGGCAGCUUGAGGAGAAAGAAGCUCUUGUUUCUCAGCUGACAAGAGGCAAGCAGGCUUUCACUCAGCAGAUUGAGGAGCUCAAGAGACACAUUGAGGAGGAAGUCAAGGCCAAGAAUGCCCUGGCCCAUGCUGUUCAGUCAGCCCGCCAUGACUGUGAUCUGCUCAGGGAGCAGUUUGAGGAGGAGCAGGAGGCCAAGGCUGAGCUGCAGAGAGGCAUGUCUAAGGCCAACAGUGAGGUGGCUCAGUGGAGAUCCAAAUAUGAAACUGAUGCCAUCCAGCGCACCGAGGAGCUGGAGGAGGCCAAGAAAAAGCUUGCCCAGCGCUUGCAAGAUGCUGAGGAGUCUAUUGAGGCUGUGAACUCCAAGUGUGCCUCUUUGGAGAAGACCAAGCAGAGGCUCCAGGGUGAAGUGGAGGACCUGAUGAUUGAUGUGGAGAGAGCCAAUUCUGUGGCUGCCAACCUUGACAAGAAGCAGAGGAACUUUGACAAGGUCCUGGCAGAGUGGAAGCAGAAGUACGAGGAGAGCCAGGCUGAGCUUGAAGGAGCCCAGAAGGAGGCUCGCUCUAUGAGCACUGAGCUGUUCAAGAUGAAGAACUCCUAUGAAGAGGCUCUAGAUCAGCUGGAGACCAUGAAGAGAGAGAACAAGAAUCUGCAGCAGGAGAUCUCAGAUCUGACUGAACAGAUUGGAGAGACUGGAAAGAGCAUUCAUGAGCUGGAGAAAGCUAAAAAGACUUUGGAAACCGAGAAGUCAGAAAUUCAGGCUGCACUAGAGGAAGCUGAGGGCACUCUGGAACAUGAAGAGUCCAAGAUUCUGCGUGUCCAGCUGGAGCUCAACCAGGUUAAGGGUGAGAUUGACAGGAAGCUGGCAGAGAAGGAUGAGGAAAUGGAGCAGAUCAAGAGAAACAGCCAGAGAGUCAUUGACUCCAUGCAGAGCACUCUGGAUGCUGAGGUCAGAAGCAGGAAUGAUGCCCUGAGAGUCAAGAAGAAGAUGGAGGGAGAUCUGAACGAGAUGGAGAUUCAGCUGAGCCAUGCCAACAGGCAGGCUGCUGAGGCCCAGAAACAACUGAGGAACGUCCAGGGACAACUCAAGGAUGCUCAACUACACCUUGAUGAUGCCCUCAGAGGACAGGAGGACAUGAAGGAGCAGGUAGCCAUGGUGGAGCGCAGGAACGGUCUGAUGAUUGCUGAGAUUGAGGAGCUGAGAGCUGCUCUGGAGCAGACAGAGAGAUCACGCAAAGUAGCUGAGCAGGAGUUGGUUGAUGCCAGUGAGCGUGUCGGACUGCUUCACUCUCAGAACACCAGCCUUCUGAACACCAAGAAGAAGCUUGAGGCUGAUCUGGUCCAGGUCCAGGGCGAGGUGGACGAUGCUGUUCAGGAAUCAAGAAACGCAGAGGAGAAGGCCAAGAAGGCCAUCACUGAUGCUGCCAUGAUGGCUGAGGAGCUGAAGAAGGAGCAAGACACCAGUUCCCACCUGGAGAGGAUGAAGAAGAACCUGGAGGUCACAGUCAAGGACCUGCAGCAUCGCCUGGAUGAGGCUGAGAACCUCGCCAUGAAGGGUGGCAAGAAGCAGCUCCAGAAACUGGAGCACAGGGUUCGUGAACUGGAGGCUGAGGUUGAGGCAGAGCAGAGACGUGGAGCUGAUGCUGUUAAAGGAGUCCGCAAAUAUGAAAGGAGAGUAAAGGAGCUGACCUACCAGACUGAGGAGGACAAGAAGAAUUUAGUCAGACUUCAGGAUCUGGUAGACAAGCUCCAGCUCAAGGUCAAGUCUUACAAGAGACAGGCUGAGGAGGCUGAGGAGCAGGCCAACACCCACAUGUCCAGGCUCAGGAAGGUCCAGCAUGAGAUGGAGGAAGCUCAGGAGCGCGCUGACAUUGCUGAGUCACAGGUCAACAAGCUCAGAGUCAAGAGCCGUGAUGCUGGAAAGUCGGAUUCUGCAGAGUAAGAGUCAUCAUCUACUCCAUUCCAUUCGACGGAGUUUAUAAAAUAUGAACUGGUUGUUUGGGAAUAUUUCUUGUAACAAUAAAAAUUUGAAUUCUCAAUGG